CCAAAAGGCUGUGCGAUAUUUAAAAACCGUUGAAGCAACCUUCUUGUGCUCUAUUGCAAUUCGUAAUUUGUAUCUUUGUGUCAUAAAAUGGUGCGCGCGCAUAAUUUCAAUCUAAUUUACGGCGUUUUUGUAGUGAAAUUUGCUUUCGCCGCCACUGCUGCUGUUGCUACAGAGAACGGUAAUGAUAUAAAUGCGCUUUAUAUGCAUCAACUGUUCAACAAUAUUAAUACAAACGUUGAUCCAUGUGAGGACUUUUAUGCCUACGCCUGCGGUAAUUGGGCACAAAACUAUAACGCUGACGCGUAUGUUGAUGUGCCUGGUUAUAUGGACCAUAAAGUGAAUCAGCAGUUGCUGGACGCAUUGCUCGCAUCUAAGGCGACAAAUGAAAGUGCUGUGGCCCAGCAAGCCUGGCAAUACUAUGAAUCGUGCAUGACACUCAAAGCGCCCGCGCUGAAUGCAUUUCUGCGUUACGUGCAACAGGCAUUGCACUUUGAAUGGCCCAUAUUUCGCGCUGAUUGGCAGCGACCUUGGCAGAAUGCCACACACUUCGAUUGGUUGCGGGUAAUUGGUGGCUUACGCGCUUAUGCGCUGAAUGGCGUGUUUAUCAUGCAACAUGUGAAUGUACGACUCACCAACGGUACGCACUACUUGCUGGAGUUGCAUGCGCAGCAACCGGCGGUGGUAAGGGCGUCGUCGUCACUACCGUUGCGGCACCAGGAUGUUGAAGAUAUAUUUAUCAAUUUCGGUUUGACAGUGGAGGAGGCGCACAAUGUAAGCGCCGACGUUAUGGCGCUAGAACAGGCCAUGAAUGAUGCAACCAGUGCUUUUGCGUUACUGAAUGCCAACACGUUGAAUGUAAGCGAUACUAAUGCGACGCGCGCCAAUUUGACCAGCUUGGAGAUGAAUGUGGCCGAUUUAAUGGAGUUGGUGCCACAAAUUGAUUGGCGCAAGUACUUGGAACACGCGCUCGGUCGUGCGGUGGAUUUAGAGAAACAGCUAGUGCAAACCUACUCCUACGAUUUGCCGUACUUUCGCCAAUUGACCAAUGUGCUUGCCGCACAUUCAAAUGAAACAAUUGCUUACUAUAUAAUGCUGAAGUUUAUGUAUCAAUUGAGUGCCGAUUUGCCAGCCUCCGUGCUCGCUGCGGACAAGUCUACGCAUUGUGUACGCCUGCUGCGCGGUUAUAUGCCAUUAGCGGCUAAUUACCUUUACGAGGAACAUUUUUAUAAACAUAGGCGUGCCGCGAGUGAUGCCGCGCUCCAGCGCAUGUAUAAUAAAUUGCGCACCAACUUCGCACAACUGGUCGCUGCCAACACAAUGCAGCUGAACGCCAGCGAACGCGCUUACAUACUCGACGAGCUGAGCGGCAUGCAGCUGCGCAUCGGUAAUGUGCCUUAUGCAGCGGAGAAUUUGACACGUUUUGUGGAGAAGUACUAUGCGGAUGUGCGCAUGAAUGCAAGCGAUUUUUAUUUCAAUCAUAUACAGCUGAUCCACAGCAAUGUGCGACGCAUGCAGGCGAAGUUACUGAAUUUACCACGCGCGGCUAAUGCAUCGCAGCUGGUUUACGAGCAUGAUUUCGAAACGGCAAGCUCUUCUUCACCGGUGAAGAUUUUCGAUAAUGUAGUGCUUGUGCCAUAUGGAUAUUUACAGCUACCGCUGUAUGAUCAUCGACUUGAUGCGCUGCUGCAGUAUUCGCUUUUCGGCUUCAUACUUGCGCACGAGAUAAUGCACGCUUACGAUCUGUUUCACAUUAUUUACGAUCAUAAAGGUAAUUUCAAUGCGCUGGGUUUGGAUGUGGCGGAGCACUAUUGGGAUUUCAUUAACUGUACGCAACAGACGCAGCUGAAUGAUGUACUCUCCGAGAAUAUGGCCGAUGUGGCGGGUUUGCGUCUGGCCUACCAAACAUAUUUCGGUGCAGAUGAGGAGGUCGGCGCGGUUUCGGAUAAAUCACACCACAUUGCUGAUACUGAUGUGGCAAAUGAACCAAAGACAGCUACAACGCAUUCUGAAAAAGCUAAUGCGGAAAUUAGUAAGCCACUUGCCUCUGAUAAUAAUGCAAUUCCAGGUAAUUUGGCAAACGCUACGCCAGAUGAGGUCUCAUUAUCGCUACUGCACGGCAAUUUCACACGCCCACAAUUGUUUUUCAUCAAUUCGGUGCAAUUUUUGUGUGCUAAUAUGCCGCGCAUUGAGGCGAUGGACGUGAAAGUACUGCACCUCGGCCAUGAUAUGCAUCAUGUGCGAGUGCGGCGUAAUUGGGCGAAUUUGGAGCAUUUUGCGACCGCAUUUCAGUGUGCGCGUGAUACGCCGAUGAAUCCGAGCGAAAAAUGUCGAUGGUGGUGAGCGGUUGAGUGAAUGUGCAAGAGCAGAGUAUGCGGUCGUCCGCGGUGCGGCAUUGGCCCGUUCAUAAGCGGAUUACAAUUUUCUAAUUUCAAAUGUGUAUAUGUGUGUGAAAAGAAACGAUUUAUGUUAAUAGCAAAUCGUGAACUUAUUUUUGUUAAAGUUUUCGCUUUUGACGCGGUUGGAAUGCUUGCAAAAAAUGUAGCUUACAACUGAAUACGUAAACAGUUUAUAAUUUUUACUCUUGACCGCCUUUAAGUAUGUAACAAAUUUGUAUGCCUUGUUUAAGAACUAUUUGUACAUUUUAUGAUAGCGUUUGCAACUUACCGUUUGUGUUGGUUUUUUAUUUAUGUAUGUAUUUCCGUAGACCGAAUUGUAAUUCCAAAGUUAUUUCUG